ACAGUUCAGUCGCUAUACAUUCGCUGCGCACGCGUCGCUCUUAAAAUUACCUUAUUAUUUGAUUGUCUUUAUUAGUCAAAAUCUAUUCGGAGGUCAAUUCGCCCACGAUGGCUGCUUCUGUACCUUAUGACAACAUGUCUACAACAUCUCAGUCGGAGUCACUUUUCACAAAAUGCUGCUGCUGUAUCCCUCUAAGAAUCGGAUGCUUCAUUUUAGGUUAUCUGAAUCUGAUCAUCAACUUAAUCCACACGCUUUCACUCGUUACUCUUACUGCUUACAUAGCAUUUUCAACUCAUUGGUUUGACCACUUCGACACCGACCAACCACGCACGGAAAUUGAAAGAGCUAUAGAGGUUAAAUCUCUUGAGAGACCACUGCUGCUUCAUGUCGAGAUUUUAUUAUUGAUAGUUUUAUUAAUGAACAUCGUCUGGUUGGUCAUUAAUGUAGCUUGUUUGGUUGGCUUGCACAAGAAACGGCCUGGCCCCAUCAAGAUGUACGUAACUUUUGCAACUGCUCGCCUAAUUCUUAUGGUUCUCGGCCUUGUAUACAUCAUUAUGCCGGGUCAUACCAGCCCUCAAACAAUUAUAUCUUACAGUGUUGAUCUAGGAUUGGCAGCAUACUUCAUAUUCGUUUAUUACAUCUACGCCGUACGAUUGGAACGUGAAGAGAACAAAAAUCAAGUUAUGCCGGAAAUAAAACCGAACAACGUCGUUUUCGUGUAUCCUCCAAAGAUUGAUAAAGAAGCUUUAGUUGCUUAAGACCGCUUUAGCUGAAACUGAACUAUUUAUUUUCUAAUUGUCGCGUGAAUUACCAUAACUUUAAGAAAAUUGUUGAUAUUCUAUGAAGUAAAAAUUCAAUUAAAUAUAAUUUUUCAUAUCCCACUUUUGUUACAUCUUUCGAUUUAUUAUUUCGUUUUGGAUUUUAAUAUCAACCUAAUAAGGUUCCAUAGCUCUGAUUUAUUUGUAGCUACAUCGUUGUGCUUGAAAUUAGGUUUCUUGUCAAUUAUUUCAUUUUUUCUAAUUUUUGUCUUGAUUUUGGUAAAAAAAAAACUUACCUUUAAUUAAAUUUUGAACUGUUUUUCUUACAAAGUUGUAAUCGUUGAAAGCAAGACAAUACAAAUUAAAUUGUAUCAUUUAUUUAAUUUUUUUUAAAAUAUGAAAUAUAAACGGAUAAAGUGACUUAAACUCAGUAUUCAGUGUAAAAAAUAGUUUAAACUAAAAUUAUUGUCAUCUUCUCUUAUUGUAUACAUUUCGGAGUGGUGUUUUGAAAAGAAAAUCUGUGUUUAUAACUUUGAUAUGUAAUUAACUUUAAAAUUUCAAAUUAAUAAAUAAUUAAAAAAAUUAUACAAGGUA